AUGGAUGACCGAUAUAUCUCUAAAUUGUCCCCUGCUGUUGAUUAUGGAGCAGGGAUGUUCCUGGUUGUUGUAGCCAUACUGUCAAUCCUGGGGAACGCAGCUGUCCUGGUCACAGCUGCCCGUCGUCACAGUGCCCUGAAAGCCCCAGAGCUCCUCACAGUCAACUUGGCAGUGACAGACAUUGGCAUGGCACUCAGCAUGUACCCGCUGUCCAUUGCCUCAGCCUUCAAUCAUGCUUGGAUCGGCGGAGACUCAUCCUGCCUGUACUAUGGCCUUAUGGGUAUGAUCUUCAGUGUAGCCAGCAUUAUGACCUUGGCAGUCAUGGGUAUGGUACGAUACCUUGUGACAGGCAACCCUCCAAAAUCAGGCAACAAGUUUCAAAGAAGAACCAUUACCAUUUUUAUUGGGCUCAUCUGGAUCUACUCUCUGCUGUGGGCGGCGUUCCCUCUCCUUGGAUGGGGCGGGUAUGGUCCAGAACCUUUUGGCUUGGCCUGCUCUGUGGAUUGGGCCGGAUACCAGCACUCACUGAAUGGCUCCACUUUUAUAAUGGCUUUGGCAGUUCUGUGUACUAUAAUACCCUGUGGGGUUAUCUUGUUCUCCUAUUCUGGCAUUGCCUGGAAGCUCCACAAAGCCUACCAGACCAUCCAGAGCAACGACAAUCUUCCCAACUCUGGCAGCAUUGAGAGGAAGGUCACCCUGAUGGCUAUUCUGAUAAGCUCUGGCUUCAUCGUCUCCUGGACUCCAUAUGUGGCCAUCAGCCUUUGGACCAUGUUUCACUCUGAAGGCAGGGACAGCGUAGCACCCAUCGUCAGCUUGCUCCCCUGUUUGUUUGCCAAAUGUUCCACAGUCUACAACCCCUUUGUCUACUAUGUUUUCAAAACGUCUUUUCGACAAGAUCUCAAACAGUUUCAGUGCUGCUGCCAUCACUUUGGGAGAGAGCGUCCCCCCACUGAGAAGGAGGGCAAACACCACAAAAAGUCAUUGGCCCAGAAAAGGUUACAAGAGGAAAAAAGCUACAGCAUGGGGCUGGGGUUCAGCCAGUCAACCCCUGAAUACAUUUUUGAUGGUGAGGUGACAAGCUCCUGCUAA